UUUAUUCUUUCGUUAUUAUUCGUUUCUCAGAGUUCGUCCAGAGAGGUUCGCCCCGAUCGAUAGCACUGUUACCCAUAACCCAGCGCGCAGUGCGCUAAACACAAAAUAUUAAAACAAACGCAGUUACUACAACGCCUUAAAGUUGUACAAACAAAUAAUAAUAUACCACAAAUAGUGCAGCCAGAGAAGUGCUCGCUCAGAAGAGACACUACGUCACUCGUAACCAUAGUUUUGUGAGUGCAGUGAUACUGUCUGUGCAAACGAUUAAAGAACCGAAAUCAAGUGCAAAGAAAACAAAUACUUUUGUUUAUAAUUAUUUCAUAAACAAUUGCUGUGUGAAAUUUCACUUUUAAAUUCGGAAAACGCAAAAGAGGCUGCCCACACACAAAACACACACAAACGCAGUCUCGCUCUCCCACUGACACGCACACAAGCACACUCGCGUGGAGGCCGUGAUUCCGUCGUUGGAGACUCUCACUCUCGCGCUCUCCCACUCUUUGGGGCAGCGAGAAAACAAACUUUUGGCGCCAAAACUUUGACAGUUCGCUUUGGCGUGCGAUUCGCAAACAAGUGGCCAAAAAGCGCAGGCGAGAAAACUGCGUCUCAAAACAGAGAGUGCAAAACGAAUACAGUCACCAUGGUCAGUGCACGCGUUUUGAACCCAGUGAUGCUGAGCGAGUUCUGCAAGAUGAGCAGCAGUCCGGCGGUGAGCCGUAACCUUCCAUGCGGCCGGCAGUUGAAUCGCAUUAAACGCGACCUCUUCGGCAGCUCCAAGUCCACGGAGGGCCAAACCAACAAAACGCCCUUCAAUGCCGAACUGGAGCGCCACCAAGAGUUGGCCACACAAAAGUGGGGCUUUGAUUUCCGCGCCGGCUGCCCUUUGACCGAGAAAUCCUCCUUCAUUUGGGAGCGCGUCAGCUUCCAGGAGUCCAGCUUUGCGCCGGAGAUGUAUACACUCACACGUGCCGCCCACGUCCGUCCCGAGAGCAACCCCAGCGACAUGGACGUGCGGAUGAACGAGCGUUCCGAGCGGGAGAACUUUGGCACCCAUCUGGCCAACUCCUCGCUGGAGUCCAAUACGGACAACGAUUCCUGCUACGACUCACAGGAUGAGUCGCUCGUGUCGCGAUUCACCUCCAGCCUAAGCAGUAGUGUGGCCAGCAGCAGCACGUCCUCGAUAGUCCUGCGCAAGCGGCAGCCAAAAAUCACAGAAUUCAUGAAGGAGCGUAAGCGUCUGGCCCAGGCUCCUAAGAAAUUGUCGUCGCCCGCAAAACGCCUGCGCACCAGCUCACCCACCACGUCGGGCUCCAGUUCGAGCGGCAGCGCAGGAUUCGGCCUGGGAGCGCAUUUCGGGGCGAUGCUAAAGCGUCCGCGUCACAAUUGAAAAGCGGCGUGUCAAACGAAUUGCAAUUUGUAAUUUUAUUUGAUUUUUUAUAAGCCACUGCGAUCGUGUAGUAUUUCCUAAUUUUUUUAAUUACGAACCUUUUUUUAUAAUGCAGUGCAAGGGCGACAGUUGCGAAUAUUAAUCGUUAGUCUUCAACUACUCGUAAACCAGUAAUUAGUUGUAAGCCAGCAGCACCACCAGUAAGCUCGAGCUAAAUGAAACUUUUUAGAUUUCUCUAGUGAGAAAUGCCAUAAACUAAGUGAUUAGUUCUUAACAACAACAACAACAAACAAACAACAACACUAACAACCACAACCAACUAUUGAACUAGAAAAGAGGGAGAGACCGCAAGCAAAAUGGAAUUAGUCUUAACUAUCUUGAAGCCAACCGAAAUGUAACCUUUAUAACGAUGAAAUACUUUACUCUAACUUUACAUAACUUUGUUAAAUCCCAGCGAAAUUUCACGCAGUAACUUUUGCUUGUGAAUUUUGUUGCCUGGAUAGAACAACAAAACUCAUCCCUGCUCUGCUUUGGGACUUUAACCAGAGCUCAGAGUAGAGUAGAAUUGAAUUUUGUCUUGCAUUUUGGACGGGCGCUAAAGCGAGGCUCCAAUGACAGCUGUGUAUUUUUGCAGCUCAUUGCCGCCUUGCUUUUGCCACCUGAAACUAACAUACAUUGUCCUUAAUUUCGACCAGUGGAUGAAACCGAAUUAUUUUGAAUUGGUUUUGUGUCAAUUUCUGCACUUUUGAACGUCAUUUAUAUAUAUAUAUAUAUUUAUUUAUGUAUGCCGCCAAAUGAACACGAAUUGUCGCGCUCUCAUUUCCUAACAAAAUGGGGUAAAAAUGUCUUUUAUGAUUUGCUACGAUCGAUCUCUGGGCAAAUUAUGAAAACAAUUUUGCCUAAAAACUAUUAUGUACAAAUACUAGAUUACUAUAUAUAAUUAUACACAUAGGCAGAGCCUAUAUAUCCCUUUAUAACACUUAUACAAAGCAUCUAAUUUGUAAGGCCUAACUAAGAACAAAAU